AUGUUAUCAGGGAGGAUACCUAUGGGUGAUCAGCUGCGGACACUUGAUGACCCGUCAAUAUACAGCAAUAAUCUUGGGUUAUGCGGAUUUCCGUUGGAAGACUGCGUAAGCUCGUCAACACCGACGCAACCUGAAACGAGUCUGGAUGAAGAUAGAGAGGCGCUGUGGUUUUACUGCUUUGUGGCUGCUGGGUUUAUCUCUGGGUUCUGGCUAUACUUGGGCUUCUUGUUUCGCAGGGAGACAUGGAGAUAUUCAUUCUAUCAGUAUGUGGACAACAUGCAAGCGAAGGUGACCAAGAAUAUACGAAGCUGCAUUUCGUGCUUCCAGGUUAAAGGGCCUGAAUGA